AUGGAACAACCUCCCGGCUUUGCAAAUUCGAAGCAUCCGGAUUAUGUGUGCAAGUUGAAUCGCGCUCUCUACGGUCUAAAACAGGCCCCUAGGGCGUGGUUCCAACGAAUCAGCUCCUUUCUCAUCUCCUACGGCUUCACCUGUAGCCGAGCGGAUCCGUCUCUCUUUGUUUUCACUCAAGGAGAAUCUCUUAUGUACCUCCUAGUUUACGUUGACGAUCUUAUCCUCACCGGCAACAACUCCUCCUUGCUCACUGUCUUCAUAAAUCGGCUACAUCAGGAGUUUGUUAUCAAAGAUCUCGGCUCAUUAAACUAUUUUCUUGGUCUUGAGGUCCUUCAUACCAAUGAUGGUCUCGUUCUUACUCAAACCAAAUACGCCAACGAUAUCGUUAUUCGUGCUGGUCUCACUCAUGCCAAACCCGUUCCAACACCACUCUCCACCUCGGAUACUUUCGUAUCGGAUGGUGUUCCUUUCGAUGAUCCUACCCUUUACCGAUCACUUGUUGGCGCUCUUCAGUACCUAACCAUUACCCGUCCUGAUUUGGCCUAUGCGGUCAACCAAGCUUGUCAACAUUUGCAUGCUCUAACUGAAAAACAUUUUCAACUAGUUAAGAGGAUCGUUCGGUAUGUUAAAGGCACCAUUUCUCACGGUCUUGUCUUCACUCGUCCUACCUCCUCCACCAUUUUGGGUUACUCUGAUGCAGAUUGGGCACGGUGUAUAGAAACGAGACGUUCUACUUAUGGCUAUUCAAUCUUUCUAGGUGGUAACUUAGUUUCAUGGAGUGCAAAGAAGCAACCAACGGUUUCACGAUCAAGCUGCGAAUCUGAAUAUCGGGCCAUGGCUAAUGCAGCUGCUGAAAUUGUCUGGAUAACGCAUUUACUACAAGAGUUACGAACACUUCCGCCUUCUCGUCCGACUCUCUUAUGUGACAAUCGGAGUGCUUUAUUUAUGAGUCAGAAUCCCGUCUCUCACAAACGGGCUAAACAUAUCGAUCUGGACUACCACUUUGUUCGUGAGCUCGUAAUGUCAGGGAAGCUUCAUACCAAAUUCGUUCCUACCAAGCUUCAACUAGCGGAUAUCUUCACCAAGAGCUUGCCUCGACCUCAAUUUGAACAUUUUCGGGAUCUUAUUCGCGUUCAUCCUCUGCCGUUUCGCUUGACGGGGGAUAAAAGAUAA